AUGUUUGGCCGCUUGGUGGUGGGGAGGCUGGUACAGACUGCUGCACAGCAAGUGGCAGAGGAUAAAUUUGUUUUUGGUUUGCCUGAUUAUGAAAAUAUCAACCGUGCUGUGGUUUUUAUGCUGGGAACAGUCCCAUUUCCUGAGGGAAUGGAAGGAUCUGUCUACUUUUCCUAUCCUGAUUCAAAUGGAAUGCCAGUAUGGCAACUCUUAGGAUUUGUCACGAAUGGGAAACCAAGUGCCAUCUUCAAAAUUUCAGGUCUUAAAUCUGGAGAAGGAAGCCAGCACCCUUUUGGAGCCAUGAAUAUUGUCCGAACUCCAUCUGUUGCUCAGAUUGGAAGUUCAGUGGAAUUACUGGACAGUCUGGCUCAGCAGACUUCUGUAGGUAAUGCUGCUGUGUCUUCAGUUGACUCAUUUACUCAUUUUGCUUCAUUUGAUGUCUCUCAGGCCCAGAUGACACCAAGUCCAUCUGAAAUGUUCAUUCCAACAAAUGUGGUUCUGAAAUGGUAUGAAAACUUUCUAAAAUGA